CCCUGGCGGGAUUUAUGAUUGCGAUAUUGAAUGUCAUUAGGCGUCGGUUUUGAGUUACGUCUGCGAGGAUCAUCAUGACGCGCACAGAAUUAAUUUUGGACCGCGAAUGGCGUUCAGUUGCAGCCGGUAGUUUGUGAAAGUCACACCAAAAUUUAUCCAAAUGGAGGAUUUCGACGUUUCAACGGAAGAUUUUCUAGCCAAUGGGUUCUAUCAGUUUUACACCGAGUUGCACGAGGAUCUGUUCGAUGUCAUCCAGCAGGAUUGCUCCCAAAGUCCGAUCGAUCCACCAAGUCCCUGUGUCGCAUCACAAAUUGAACCUUCUCUUCCAACGGCUGAAGAUUAUCGAGACAGCAAUUCUCAUGAUCAAUUAGAGCCUAACGUGGAAAACUUCAUCCUGGAAUUCAGUUGUCUCAACUACAGCAAAGUCUGGGAACCAAACUUUGAGCUUCCGGAACGAACCUUUCUCUGUGACGACUCCUGUGAGGCCCUACUAGAGAAACAGCUUCAACCCAACCCACCAGAACCAGAUAACUCCCCAGAAGAUCCAACCCAAAGCUUCAUCUGUCCCUUCGAAACGUGCAAGAAAAACUACGCCAAGGCCGUUCACUUGAAAGCGCACCUAAGACGUCACAUCGGAGACAAACCCUAUCACUGCAAGUGGGCCGGAUGUAAGUGGCGAUUUUCCCGAUCGGACGAGCUGGCCCGGCACUUCCGGUCCCACUCCGGGGUGCGUCCGUACAAGUGUGACUUUUGCCCGAAAUGUUUCUCCCGAUCGGAUCACCUGGCCAAGCAUCGGAAGGUGCACGAGCGUAAAUUUGCUACCGGAAAGUGUAAAGGGCUGUGGGUGAAUCUGCCACGUGGUCGACCUGGCCGAAAACCGAAGAAUGCGAACAAAGUGUGAAUGAAGUGUUGAUGCUAGUAUUAUACCGAUUAGAUUUAAUCAAUGAGUUCUCAGUAAAAACGAUUUAUGUUUA